AUUGCAAUGCAAUUUGAAAACAUCUCUCAUAUCCCUCAAAUACUUGGUUGCAUCGAUAGAACACAUAUACCUAUUACAGUACCAGAAGAAGGUUAUAGAGAUUUUGUAAAUAGAAAAGGAUGGACAUCUUACAAUGUUCAAGCAAUAGUUGAUCAUAAUGGAAGAUUUCGUAAUGUCUUUGCCAAGCACCCUGGUAGUGUUCAUGAUGCUGCAGUUUUCAAAGAUAGUACAUUAUACAAACACUCACAAGAAAUAAUACCACAGAUGGAAAAACAUGUAAACGGCCAAGGAAUACCUUUCAUGAUAGUUGGAGAUCCAGCCUAUCCACUUCUGCCAUGGUUAAUAAAGAGUUAUUCUGAUUCACUUUCACCUGAAGAAGAAUCAUUUAAUGUCUACCUCAAUUCCGCAAGGGUUUCAGUGGAAAUGGCAUUUGGAAGACUGAAAGCUAGAUGGAGAAUAUUACAGAAAAAAGUUGAUUGUAACUAUAAAUUUGUACCUCAAGUUAUAGUUGCAUGUUGUGUGCUGCACAAUUUUUGUGAAGACAAUAAAGACAGAUUUCUUCAAGAGUGGUUGCAACCGGUUAUUGAAUUAGAUGAAGUAUUUGUACAACCAAGACAACAAAUAAAUUGUGAACGAGACAAUAUACGUUCUACUAUUAUACGAGAAUGUCUAAAAGAUUACUUAGCCGCAAACUUUCCUCUUCGAAAAACACUAUUAAGAUAAACAAUUGUCUUUGAUGUAUUAUAAAACGGAAUUACUUUGUCUGUUGAAGUUCUACUCUUAGCUAAUGUGUGUUAAUAAA